AUGUACUGGCCAGAAGAUAUUUUGUCAGUUUUAUGCACGGUUAUACCGGCGAACGACGAGAAAAGCCAAAAAAGAAGACACGCCAUCGCGCGAUAUCUGAACGUCGCUUGCGCUUUGUGUUGGUUGGUUUCAAAGGGCUUCGUGGCAAAAAAAGAUGGUGUUAUAUCCAUUUUUCGCGACUUCUCUGUGCCCUCCUUAUCUCUCGACGUCUCUCUCAUGUUUACGUGCUGUUUCCUUUUUUCUCUGACCUCGCCGGUGAGGGAACAGAGAGACGCAGACACGCGAAAACUAUAUAUAUAUAUAUAUUGGCCUCUAUUGAGGAACCUUCAUGGGCGCUAAGGUUGCCCCUAUAGGGACCACUCAGAAAAUACUAAGGAAAGCCGCGUCGCGUACGCAACGCGUCUCUUUUGCCACUCUACCCAUCUCGCCUUUCUAGUCGGCAACUAUAUUUUUAUGCCAUUUUUCGAAAAAAGUUGAUUAGAAGUCGGUUUCAGGCGCGAUAUAUCAACAAAAAUUCGACUCCGAUUUCCCAAUGUUCAAAGUUUCGUCGACGCGGGUCUCUUAUCCAAAAAAGAGUUUGAUGUCUUGGAGAAGAUCCAAGUUACCUUUAUUUCCAGAUCUUUGCCCUAAUUUUAAUAAAUUUAGGAUGAAUGCGAAUCAGUUCGCUGGCUGACGCCGCUUCAUUGGGUCCAACAGUUGAUUCGGAAAGAAGAGGAGGUUUUUUUUUUCUAUAAUCAAUAAUUUUAAAAAUCACGGCGUUUUUGUUAGUAGAAGAAAAUGCAAAACCAAAACACAGCGGGCGAAGCCAAAAUUUCCCACGUGACGUCAUGGGAACGGCAGAUAUUUCGGCUCUAAGAACAGGGCAUAUUAAAGGCGCAGGCCGCCGUAUUGCCAGAGAACUUUGAGACGAAUCGAAAUUUUUCUACAUAAACGCAAUUUUCUGCAGUGCAUGCACACGACACACGACACUUUACGGAGGAAAAGUGGGCGUGGCGUCGUCGAAAAAAAUACUAUCGUAUUCGCUUUGAGUAGGGUUUAAAAUUUGGAUCUGGAAAUGUGCAAAUAAUUUUUUAUAGUCUGUUUAGGUUUUGACUUCGCAAGCUCCGCCCCUUUCGGCGCGAUAAACCAAUCAGAAAACGAGCGAUCCACAUAGUGUUUUUGAAUGACGUCACUGCACUUGACAUUAAAAAUCUGAAUAGACUGUAGUCUGAAACUGCUAUAGGGACCACUCUUGCAAGCUUUAGGGCCCUCUAUAGGGAUGGUGAAGUGGUCUCUAGAAGGGACCCUCUAAGAGCCCCUAUAGGGACCACUUUGGAGUUUUCAAGAUAGGCGAGAGAAUCUAUUGAGCUUUUUUGAUCAUAUGUGCUCCAUGGAUAACAGUCUCAAAUUUUUUAUUUGCUCUUUCUGAACCAUUUCAGAAUUUCAAUUCAAGAACUCAAAAUGCCUUUUUUUUCUCAGGAAAACAAGCCAACCGCUUCCCUACUCAAUCAAUUUGUCGGGGAAUUGAGGAUUUUCCGACAAUCCCUACGACGCCUCUAUUCCUAUGAUUGGGUCUGUGUGCCCUUGGUUUAUACCCAGGUAUAUCAUUUUUCCAUUUAUAUGAGGCUUUUAAAGCUCGAAAAUAGAGAUUUUCGCGUGAACUUGUCUCUUUAAAAAUAAGGAAAAAGCAUCGGUUACCGUAAUUUUUUGCCCACUUCGCUUCGAGACCUGUAACCUGAAGGCAUACUGUAUUUGGGUCAGAAAAAAACGUGACAAAAUGCCUUGGAAUGAGCUACUGAUCUGUAGACGCAGCUAGAGAGGGAGGGACAAAAUGGGCGUGGCCUGUCUGCGCUCUCCAUCUUAAGAUGAUCUCUAGCUCUCCAUUCAAAUGAAAUAAAUCAAAUAGGAUUUUGGUUUCCGAAAAAGAGGAUCGUCUAUAAAUGCACUGAAAGGUCAGAGUGGUACCUAUAGGGAUUAGGGGAAUCUAAUCGCUAUGCCGAUAAAGCUCAAGUGCUCCCUUUAGGGAGUGAUUUGGUCGCAAAUGGAAUGGUUAAAGACGAAGCGAUGGCAGCUUAAGAACACUUGAGUGGUCCCUAGAAGGGUAAAAAAAAAACGUCGCUUCGAGUCUUUUAGCCAUUUCAUUUUUUUGCCCUUCUAGGGACCACUCAAGUGUUCUUAAGCGGCCAUCGCUAAGCUUCGAGUCUUUUAGCCAUUCCAUUUGCGACCAUCGGCUUUCAAGUCAGGAAAAAUUGAGUAUAUUUCUUUGACUUUUGGUUGACGUGAUACUCUUCUAAUCUUGUAAAUUUAAAAUAUUUUUCCUAGGUAGCGGCUCUGGCGACUUAUUCCUUCUUUUUCUUCACGCUUUUCGGCCGCCAGGCCCUUUUACCAGAUAUCGAGUCUGGCCGAGAAAUCGACCUCAAAGUUCCGAUUUUCACGAUUGUUCAGUUCCUCUUCUUUGUGGGAUGGUUCAAGGUAUCCCCUUCAAAAUGUACCUAAAAGGGUUGGAUUUGAGGUUGGCCAAGACCUGAUGAGGCCUUUCGGCUUGGACGAUGACGACAUCGAACUGAAUUACAUUUUGGAUCGAAAUAUCGCCACUUCUUUUGCGAUUGUCAAUCGGUUACAGUCGAUGGAUCUCCGUUAGUUUUGAAUUUUUUUUGGAGCUUCAGAUAAAUUUUUUGAAAAUCUACAACGGUUUCUGGUAAGUUGUGUGUGUUAGAGUUUCUGAAAAAUGGGUAGGGUUUAGAGAAUUUCCAUUCAUUUUAUUUAUUUUCAUUUUUCAUUCUUCAUUCAUUUUUAAUGAGCUCCUUUCAAAAUUUGGAUCCGAAUUGAUCAAAGGAUGAGGGGCCCCCUUUAGGGACCACUUUAGAGGUUUCUGUUAGUGACCCCUAUAGGGGACAUGCUAGUCGAUAUUUGUUAUAAGCUCUAAGCGAAGAAGCAUUUCCAUGGGAAAAACUGAAUAAAAACGUUUUUUGAAUGAAAUUUAGAGACCCCUAUAGGGUCCACUUGAGCUUUAGGGGCUAAGAGGUCAGACUCUGAACCCUAUAGGGACCACUUCAUUUUUACCCAUAUAGGGAUCACUUUUUUGACCCCUAUAGGGACCACUUCAUUUUUACCCCAAUAAGGGUUUUUUGUCACCUCUAACCCCUAUAGGGACCUCUCUGGAAUCCCUAGGGAGGUCAAAAAAUAGGACUCAAAAAGUCUUGCUCGAUAAUCACUAUGAAUGCCGCUUCAUAGACUCUGAAAUUGAUCCCCUCAGCGAUUAAUUCCAGCCGAACUGGAAGACGACGUCUUCUGGAAAGACGGCCGCGACGGAUCCAUCCCAACCCUCCCCCAUACACCUUUUUCGCGCCAACUCUCCGAACAUCCGCCCAAACUCCAUGCCUACGUCAGCAUCGACGGCAGUGCCUACGAUUCGGAGAGUUCCCGAUCCUGUUGUCCCAACAGCCUGAAAAACAAGAAGUCAGUUUUUGGAGGGGCUCGAAAAACCAUGAAAAUAGGGUAGGAAACUCCAAAAUAAGCUUAAAAUAACGAAAAAUAUUCCAAGAAAUGGAGAACUUUAUUGAAAAUUGUAGUGCUUUCUUAUGUAGUCGAUUCACGGCUAGCUUAGGAUAAAAAGGGGCGUGACCUGUCUGCGCUCUCCACGAAGGAGACACUCUAUUUUUUUUAUCGUGUCAAGACCCUUUUUUCGAUGGAUAGAGCCAGCCGUGAAUCAGUUUUAUAUUUUUUAAGGAUUCUAGGUAUUUUACAAUCAUUUUCUAUAACUCUGGUGGUUAAAAUAAAUUAUUUUUUGAAUUUUUCUUUUUUUUUCAAAGUUAGAAAGUAGACAUUGGAUUACUGGAGUAUGAUGUAAUUUUGAAUUUUCGUUAGUUUCAGUUAAUUUUCCUUUUUCACGACCUCGAAAAGGGUAUGAAAAGAUAUUCUAUUCGCCACGACUGGAAUUUUACCGAACGACACUCCGCUGUUCCUCUUUGUCUUUGCGAAACUCGGUCGCGCUUUCAAAUUUUCUCUUUUAUUUCAGUACUCUAUUUUUCUAGAAUAGUAUAUCCACCAGCAACGAUAAGCAAUUGAAAGCGCGAACGAGAUUCGCAAAGACAAAACCGCUUCGCGACCGCACGCAGCGGAACAGCGGAAUGUUGUUCGGUGAAAUUGCAAGCCGUGCACAAUUUUUCCUGAAUCUGAUGAAUUAUCUUUGAAAUUCAAAAAUUUCGGAUCAUUUUAUAAUUUCAGACAUCUAAACUGGUAG